AUGUUGAAUUCAUGCAGGUGGUGGCUGUGGAAGCAGAUCUCUCUCAGGCGUCGGAUGUUUUUAAGCGAAUGGACGAGGUUUGCUACCCAGCUCAAGCACAGCACGCCUUCCGUUGAUAUCGGGUUGAGUAUCACUAUCAUUGAGUCGUUACCGUUACAGUGCAGCUGCAUGACUCCUGCAGGCAACGUGGAAUACAACACGGGUACAAUACCAGUUUCUCAGGUACUAGUAACAGUCGUUGAUUUCUUCAAUAUAGAACUGUUAUUUACCAGGAUCCAAGCUUGGAACUCAAUCAAGCCGAUUACUUUAUUUUCUUCUGUCCUCCUGCCCUACGACGGCCGGCAAGGGAUUGGACUCUCCACAGUGACGAGACAUGACCGGCGAUCACAGCUCAACUCAGGUGUCUUGGAGUAUAUUCUUGAUUCACCAACGUCCAUAAUGCAAAAUACUAUGUUGUCCGUUGAGAUUGGCAUUCCUUAUCACGCACUUGAGUCACUCACAUUCGCAGAAAAUAAGGGCCCUCCCAACUGCAACCACUACUGCGACCCAGCUGUACCAACGAACUGCCUAUGGAUCAUGAUAAUGGAGCCCGGUACUAGAAGCAGAUACAUAAAAGAAAUACACCAUGGACUACCGUUUAUAGUGCUGUACGUAAUCAUCGACAAUCAGGGUCCUGCCGCUAUGUUUCCAUAUUUGGCCCUACUACCCAACGUUAUCUCCAACUACGUCAAAGAGUUGCAGCAUCACACGUCAGUCUCUUUAUUCAAGUCGCCUGCUGCAUCCCUCACCAGCUGCUGCGCCUCAUCCAGUUCCGAAAAGAGAAAGCGCUUGUCAGCGGGAUGCCGCGUCGAUCAGUGUUUCAAGAUUUUGCCAUCUGCACCCAGCUGCCGGAUAGACUAG